AUAGCACAAGGAGGGCGACUAUUUGGGUGAGACUGGUGUCUUGUUUACUCGCCGCGAGUCCAUUUGACAAAUUCUGAAAAACAUGGCUGCAGAGAGGUUCUCAAGGUUUGGAGAUAAGAGGAAGCUUGGCAGUGAUACUAGCGGAUAUGAUGAAUACAUUGAAGGAGUUGAACCAGACGAGGUGACAUCAUUGGAAACACCGAUCGAUGAGGGGAAUUUAGGUUUCAAGCUUAUCCAGAAGAUGGGCUGGACUAAUGGAAAGGGACUUGGGAAGAACUUGCAAGGUCGUGUAGAGCCUGUUCCUAUAGAGCUCAAGGAAGAUCACAUGGGACUGGGGCGAUGGACAAUGGAGUUGGAGCAGGCCCAGGAUGCCACAGAGAAGAGGAAACUGUUAGAGGCAGAGAAAGAGAUCACUGAAGACCUUCUACAACAGUACGAGGAUCAAGCUGAGAAGGAUAAGAAACUAACUGAGACUUUGGUGGAGAUGCAUAAAGCAUUUUAUUGUGAGCUCUGUGAUAGGCAGUACAUAAAGUAUUCAGAAUAUGACAACCACAUCAAUUCCUACAGUCAUCAUCACCAACAAAGGCUGCGUGAUCUUAAGACGUACGAGGCUGGUAGAAAGUUCGGAGGUCACCGGGAUCGUGAGGGGGAGAGAGAAAAGACGAGAGCUGCUCAUCAGGUUGCCAUGGAGAGAGCGAGAAUGAUUGCCAGACGGAAAGCCAAAGGAGGUUUCACACCGGCCUUUACCCCCGUUGGACAGGAAACAACCAAUCAGAAUGGACCACCAACGACAAGGGGUAGAGCCACAACUAGUCGUGUCUCUAGGAGAGAAGCUGAAGAAUCUCAAGCUAAAAUCGCAGCCAAGAAAGCAAAAUUGAACAUGUUUGGGCUUAAAUUUCGCUCUGCAGGAACGCUAACAUCAAUCACUGACCAACUUGGCACAACAGUCAGCACUUAUAAGCCACCUGCCAUUAUACAGAGGCUGACUGGAGGCACUAAAGAAGAGAACGAUGACUCCGAUAGUACCAAGAAAAUAUCGUUUGGAAUCCAACCUACAAUAUCUAAGAAGACGCUCACAUUUACCCCACCACAAAGCUCUCAAGAAAAGCAAUACACAUCAGUUUGGAACACUCCUGGAGAUGGUAAAAAAGAACCUAAUCUAGAGCCAGUAACAAAGGGGCCACCCCCAAAAUUGAUGAGUCGGCAAAGAGAACUGAACAUGGAGAAAGCUUUUGGUGGAGACUCGAGUGACGAAGAUGAAUUAACAAUAGUACCAAUAAAACGUGGCCCUACCAAAUUUAAGUUUAACUUUACCAAAUAAUGUUUUCAUAUAUAUACAUAUAAUUAAUAGUAAUGUUCAUUAUUUUGAUGAUAUAAAA